CACAGUUCUGUGCUCUGUUCUCUGAGCUCACACAACCCGGGAGGAAAACCGCUCAGAGGACGGAGAGUUCGUCGGACUUUUUUUUUUUUCAAAAAAUAUAAACAUUUACAUACAUUGGUAUUUUGGACAGAAUUUUCCUUGCGCUUAUUUUUUUUUUUGCGCUUUUUUUUUUCUCUGUGAUGCAUUUUGCGCAUCUCUGUUGGACUUAAUGGUUUUUACAACCGAGUGUCGCGUUUAUGGAGCCUUCAGCUGGGAUGUAACGGAAGGCAAAGCCACAUAAACCCGCCUUUAUUUUAAAUUCCAGGAAUAUCGCGCUUCUAAAUUAGAUAUAACUCGGUUUGACUCUUCAGCGUUGUUGUUGUUGUUGUUGUUGUUUUUUUAUUACUCGUCGAUGCGGGUCGCUUUAUGAUGACACGAGCCUGGAGGUCCUAACUGAAGCGUUUUGCCCUCUGCGUCGCGCCCCAUCACCCCAAUGAUGACUAUGAGCUCUAUAUCGGACACUCUGGUCCCCACCGACCCCUCCAAGUCGGCCUUCCUCGAGUUCGGCCACGGCUACCCCGGACACCCCGGACACCAGCAGCCGUCCCCGGGCCUCUCCCACAACCACUACUCCGUCCACGGCCUGCACGCCGUGGGGCCCUCGCAGCACGACGGGCCCUUCUCGUCCGGGGCCUCGUCGUACGGACGCCCUUUGGGGUACGCGCCUUACCACAGCCCCGUGGGCGCGCACCACCCCGGGGCCUACCUGCCCUACCAGCACGGGGGUCACGGCGGCGCGCUCGGACACACCAGACUGGAGGAUUCUGAGCACGAGAAGCCGACGGCGGUGAUCGAGAACGGCGAGGUGAGGCUGAACGGGAAGGGGAAGAAGAUCAGGAAGCCUCGCACCAUCUACUCCAGCCUGCAGCUCCAAGCGCUUAACCAGCGCUUCCAGCAAACCCAGUACCUCGCUCUGCCCGAGAGGGCCGACCUCGCCGCCAAGCUGGGCCUGACGCAGACGCAGGUGAAAAUAUGGUUCCAGAACAAACGCUCCAAAUACAAGAAGAUCAUGAAGAACGGGCCCUGCGGCCCUGAGGGGGACCACCUGGCCCCGCCCCCGUCCUCCUCCUCCUCCCCGUGCACCUUGUGGGACAUCAGCAUGGCGCCCAAAGGCGCGCCGGUGCACUCGGGAGGUUACAUGAACAAUUUUGGACACUGGUACCCGGGACACCAGCAGGACUCCAUGCCCAGGACUCAGAUGAUGUGACACACACUUCCAGGACCAAUUACGGAUUGCUUUCUUUUUUUUUUGUUGUUUUUUGUUUUGUUUUUUUUUUUUUUGUUUUUACACGCCGAGCUAAACUGGAGUGGGAAGGGACGAUGCUGAGAGUCGGAGCCACUCUGGAGGCAAAAAUAGAGACUUGAACUGUAGCGAUGUGGCUGCUGUGGACUUCCUAAAAUGACUAAAAAGUUACAAAAAAAAAGUGACGGUAGGAAACAACCACUAAAAUCAUUCCAAUUUGAAACAAAUUGAAUUGAGCUCAGAGGUUCCCAGAUGUAUCCGCCGCUGCUUCAUGCCAGCAGCAGUCGACUCUCGUCACGAAGCCACUGGGUAAAUGUCACAAGUUGAAUAACUUCAUGUAAACUGUAGGCGACAUCAGUUUUCAGUCUAAAGGAGCCUUUGAGGGGGGAAAAGCUACACAAUAUGGUUCGUUUUGGGGUCAAAAUGGCAUUUCUUUCACUUUGGAUGAAUCCUGCUUCCUGCAGCGUCGUCCGUCGAGUUAUUUCUGCCUCCAGAGCAGCUUUGCCCGCAAAGACGUUUUUUUUUUCGAUAAAGCUAUAACUGAUGCUGCAGCUCCGAGCUAAACCAGCCCUGCGUCACUCAUUCUGAACAUUUCAGGAGGUUUUUGUUCUCUGUCUUUUCGUCGGGGUUCCUAUUGGGCAGGAGGUACAUGUGUUUAAAAAAAAAAAAAAAAAACAGGUUCUUCAGGGUUUUUUUCUG